UAACUGACAACUCAGGGGAAUCUCUUGUUCCAAUUACCACAACAUCAUUUCCAGCUGAAUUUGUGAUUGGACCAACCAAUGUAACGUAUACAGCUAUCGAUUCUUCUGGAAAUACUGGUAGUUGCACGUUUACAGUAACUGUUACAGAUAGCGAAGAUCCUGUAUUGAUAUGUCCACCUGACAGUAGUUUAUCAAUUGAUGGAGGAAUGUCGACAGCUACUGUCACAUAUAAUGCUUCGGAUGUUACAGUAACUGACAACUCAGGGGAAUCUCUUGUUCCAAUUACCACAACAUCAUUUCCAGCUGAAUUUGUGAUUGGACCAACCAAUGUAACAUAUACAGCUACCGAUUCUUCUGGAAAUACUGGUAGUUGCACGUUUACAGUAACUGUUACAG